AUGCCUCCAAAACGCACAGCAAAAUCGGCUGAGCCCAAGGCCGCCACCACCGCGAAAGCUACCAAACCUCGUGGACGACCAGCAGCAGCUGAGAAAAAGACUACCACAAUUGCCACCACCAAAAAGAGCAUCGCAACUACCAAGAAACCCGCCGAAUCCAAGAAACCCCUCCAAGAAGCAAAACCCAACACAAGCGCAAAGCGCAAGGCCGAAGCCGACCUCGAAGAAAAACCACAGGGCAAGCGCCAGAAGCAAGUCGAGACCAAAGCUGUCAAGAAGGAGCGCGUCAUCAAGAAGCCCACUACUCCUCGAGCCAAAACUCCCAAGCCUGCACCUGCACCAAAACCUCCCAAGAAGAAGGUCGUCAUCAACACUGCACCGACUACGCGUCUUGACGUGUUCGCCUUUGGGUCGAAUAGCAAUGCCGAACUUGGAAUGGGUGAUACCUUCAAGAAAGCCGAUUGUCCUCGACCAAAGUUCAACAGUGUCCUUUCCGAUGCCGGUGCGGUGCAGAUUUCGACUGGUGGAAUGCACGGUAUCGCACUUACCCAUGACAACAAGGUUCUGACUUGGGGUGUGAAUGAUCAGGGCGCUCUCGGUCGGGACACAAACUGGGAAGGUGGAUUGGUGGAUAUGGAAAAGGCGGACGAGUCUGAUUCUGAUGAGGAGGAGGAAAUUGAAGUCAACCCCAAAGAAGCUACUCCUUCAGUGAUUGAUUUGUCUGGUGUUGAGAAGGGAACUGUUUUCACUCAGGUUGUCGCUGCUGACAGUGCUUCUUUUGCUCUUACUGAUGAUGGUUUCGUCUAUGGCUGGGGUACUUUCCGUAACAGCAACGGUGUCUGGGGGUUCUCGCCCGAGGUCAUGGUCCAGAAUACUCCCACGCUCAUCCCCGGUUUGAAGAACGUUACCAAGAUCGUUGCCGGCAGCAACCAUGUUCUUGCCCUCUUGACGGAUGGCACCGUUUACUCUUGGGGAUCCGGUGAACAAGACCAACUGGCCCGUCGCCUUGUGGAACGUCGCGCAAAGGAACAAGGCCUUAUCCCUCAGAAGGUUGGCUCGAAACGUGGGUUCGUCGACAUUGCUGCUGGCGCCGACCACUCCUUCGCCCUACACAAAGAUGGAUCCGUCUAUGGCUGGGGAUUGAACAACUACGGCCAGACCGGUAUUGCCAGCAAGGCUGGUGAGAGCGAAGCCGGUGUCCUCAAGCCUACUGUUAUCCCUAGCUUGAAGGGCCAGAACAAGAUCACCCAGAUCUCUGCCGGAAACUUCAAUACCCUUGCCAUCACUGACAAGAACGAAUGUCUUGUCUGGGGUCGUAUUGACAACUACGCCACGGGCAUUGACGCAAGCACUCUGCCCAAAGAAGACGUGAUCUUUGACGACCGCGACCGCCCUCGUAUCUUGACCAAUGCUACCCGCAUCCCCAAUUUGGAAGUUGCAUACGCCACAUAUGGCACCGAACAUGCUAUCGCAGUCACCACAGACGGCAAGGCAUAUUCCUGGGGCUUCAACUCCUCCAAUCAGACCGGUCAACCCGGCGAUGACGACAUCAAAGUCGCUACUUUGAUUAACUCCAAGGCUGUGCAGGAGAAGAAGUUUGUCUGGGCCGGUGCUGGUGGUCAGUAUGGUAUGAUUGCGACUGUCAAGGAGGAGGUGAAGAAGGCCGAUGCUUGA